AUGUCAACGUUCAAGAAAUGGACGGUCUCUGAGCCGUACAUCGAUAUCGCAGGGACCUUGUUGGAGGGGCCAUUCCAUGACGAGCCAAGAAAUGAGUUUCGUUUUGUUGAUAUCUGGGAGCAGAAGUUCUAUGUGGUGGACUUAGCCAAAGGCCCAGACUCGUUGAAGACUAUUGAUACGUCUGCUUCAAUCGGGGUAACUGCCAACAUCAAAGAUUCUGGCGAUGCCUACAACGGCCAGAUCAUCGUAGCCGCAAAACAUGGGUAUGCUCUUCUCGACCGCGCCACGGGCCAGCUCUCGUACAUCUCCAAGGUUUGGGAUGACCAGAAGGACCCAGAAAGAGCCCGCAUAAUGCGUUUCAACGACGGGGCGGUCGACAGCCAUGGGCGGUUCUGGGCUGGUUCAAUGAAUGACCCCAAAGUGCAGUCCCCGGUCAACGAGGCCGUUCUCUUCCGACUGGAUCCCGACAUGAAAGUGCACCGUAUGGUUGAAGGUCUGACUAUCCCCAAUGGGAUUGGCUGGAAUCAUGCCGACGAUACAAUGUACCUGACCGACUCACCCACUGGCAAAAUUUACGCGUUUGACUUUGACGCCCGAACCGGUGAGAUCAGCAACCGUAGAGUCCACUUUGAUUUGGGAGAACCAAAGGAACCUGAUGGAUUUGCCAUUGAUGCCGAAGGCUGUAUCUGGAGCGCCAUUUACGGGGGCGGUAAAGUCAUCCGUAUCUCGCCGGAAGGGGAGGUUAUUGGAGAAGUGUUGCUUCCCACGAGAAACAUCACCUGCCCGAUCUUUGUGGGGACUGAACUACUCAUCACCACCGCCAAGGAUGACACCGAUGAUGAGCAGUUCCCGAACUCAAUCCGGUAUGGAGGGCGAGUCUAUAAGGUUGACGUGGGAAUCAGGGGCAAGCCCAAGAAUGAGUUUCGAUUCCAAAACUGA